UCGGCAUUGUCGUACAUGGCUAAUCGAAUCCCUUCGUUUUCCCGCUUUUUCUUACAGGGUGGCGGCGGUAGCGGCGGGGCUGCGGGCGGACUGAAAUUCACGGUGGCGGACACUUGCGACCGGAUUAAAGAGGAAUUCAGUUUCAUCCAAUCGCAGUAUCACACAUUGAAGAUGGAGUGCGAGAAGUUGGCCAACGAGAAAACCGAGAUGCAAAGGCAUUACGUUAUGGUAAGGCACUUUUAUUACGAGAUGUCGUACGGCCUGAACGUCGAGAUGCACAAACAGACGGAGAUCGCCAAGAGGCUGAACGCGAUCAUCGCCCAGGUGAUGCCGUUCCUGGCGCAAGAGCAUCAGCAGCAGGUGGCCAACGCCGUGGAGAGGGCGAAGCAAGUCACCAUGUCCGAGCUGAACGCCAUUAUCGGGCAGCAGCAGCAGCAGGGUCUCCAGCAACUCCUGCAACAGAUCCAUGCGCAGCAGCUGCCCCACGGCGCAGUGGUCGGCGGUCUUCCACCGGGCGGCCUGCUGGGCUUCGCAGGUGCGGCCGCGGCGGCCGCAGCCGCGGGUGUGCCGCCGCACUUGGCGCCGCCGCCGCAUCCCGCGGCCGCGGCUGCGGUCCAGGCACAGGCGCAGGCGCUGCUGAAACCGGCGGACCUGCAGCAACACCGCGCGGCCGCGGAGACACCCGAGGACCGUAAGCCGAUCGCCCUACCGGACGAGAGGCUCGGCCGCUCGGUCUCGCCGCCUGAGAAAUUUCGCAGCCGCACGCCCGACCUCGAGAGCGACCCCAAGAGGCGGAAGGAGGAGAAGCUAGGACACCGACAACGCGAAAAAACACUUACGAGCUAUCAGCGAUUGCUAAUGGAAGUCGCGAGCCGCGAUCCGAGAGAGGCCGGAGAGCGGGAGACGGGCGAUUGGGAGCGAGGCAGGCGCAAACUUACGCGGCCUGAGCGUGGCGAGAUCGACGAGCUAAAGGCGGCGAGCGAUAUUCGCCGAGCGAUCCUCGAGGAAAGCGACGCGGAGAAGAGCGAUCAGGACUUGGUCGUCGACGUGGCAAAUGAGAUCUACGUUUGUUCGGCGAAACAGGAGGCGUCGUCGCCGCACGCGAACGGGGAGCACUCGGACCCGCGCGAGAACGGCACGCUGGAGAAGCUGGGCGCACCGGGUCACGUUGGCGGCGGACCGACAUCGGGCGCGGGCUCGGCAUCCGUGAAGGACAGGCCGCCGUCGCGCAGCGGCAGCUCUUCCGCCCGUAGUACACCGUCUCUGAAAAGUAAAGAUGUCGACAAGCCGGGUACACCUGUGGCGGCGGCGAGGGGCUCGCGCAGUUGUACGCCAACUAUGGGCGGCAUCCCUGGGCCCUUGGCAUCGCGGGUCUAUCAUCCGCCAUCGUCGCAGCAAACGCCACCGCAGGGUUAUCAGGGCUUGCCAUCCCGCGGCAAUGAGCCGCCGCAGUCGCCCUCGCCAUACAGCAACUUGCCAUACGCGAGGCCCUCUAUGCUCGGUUUCGACAGCCACAUGAGGAUAUCCUCGAGUAACGGGCUGAGCAACGUGGCAGGCGGCAAACCGGCGUACUCCUUCCAUAUGAACGGCGAGGGCCAACUGCAGCCCGUACCAUUCCCCACGGACGCUCUAAUAGGACCGGGGAUACCGCGUCACGCACGCCAAAUUAAUACCCUGACUCACGGCGAGGUGGUGUGCGCCGUCACAAUCUCGAACCCGACCAAGUACGUCUACACCGGCGGCAAGGGUUGCGUCAAAGUUUGGGAUAUCGGCCAAAGCGUCGGCAGCGCCAGCGUGAAACCAGUCUCGCAGCUGGACUGUCUGCAACGUGACAAUUACAUCAGAUCCGUGAAGCUAUUGCCGGACGGCAGGACGCUGAUAGUCGGCGGCGAGGCCAGCCAGCUGAGUAUCUGGGACUUGGCGAGCCCUACGCCGAGGAUCAAGGCGGAAUUGACCUCCUCAGCGCCGGCCUGCUACGCAUUAGCGAUCUCGCCGGACUCCAAGGUCUGCUUCAGCUGUUGCAGCGACGGCAACAUCGCCGUCUGGGACUUGCAGAAUCAGACACUGGUCCGGCAGUUCCAAGGCCACACGGACGGCGCCUCCUGCAUCGACAUCUCCGCCGACGGCUCGAAACUGUGGACCGGCGGCCUCGACAACACCGUGCGCUCGUGGGACCUAAGAGAGGGCAGGCAGUUGCAGCAGCACGACUUCACCUCGCAGAUCUUCUCGCUCGGCUAUUGCCCGACCGGCGAGUGGCUGGCGGUGGGUAUGGAGAACUCGAAUGUCGAGGUGCUCCACGCCACCAAGUCUGACAAGUACCAGUUACAUCUGCACGAGUCCUGCGUCUUGUCGCUCCGUUUCGCCUCGUGCGGCAAGUGGUUCGUCUCCACUGGAAAGGACAACCUACUGAAUGCAUGGCGUACGCCGUACGGUGCAUCAAUAUUUCAGUCGAAGGAAUCGUCGUCGGUGCUGAGUUGCGACAUUUCCGCGGACGACAAGUACAUCGUGACCGGAUCCGGCGACAAGAAGGCCACCGUAUACGAAGUGAUUUACUAAGCCUGCUCUCAUUAGAGAGAGAGAGAGAGAGAGAGAGAGAGAGAGAGAGAGAGAGA